UGUGGUCGUGUGUCUGUCAGAGUGACUCAUCCAGCCAACCAAUCACGUCGCUGCGGUGAUGCUGCUGACUGUACAUGGUCUCACAGGCUGCACAACACGGCCGCGCUUCUAGGAAACACCCCCACCUCGCCAGACAGCUCCAACAAUAUGCGGUGCAAAUAAAAAGUGAAUGUUCUACACUCAACAUAGCGACAUAGUUAGCGACAGAAACACGCUUGUUGGCUCAAUUACAGACGCUAAAAUGCCCAAAGAGGUGGAAAAUAACACAAUUCCUGAUUCCAUUGGUCUCUCCUGGCUCCAGGCUGAUUAGUACUGGGAAUGUUAUUGCCUCUCUGGAGCCUCUCAUCCUGCUUCUUUGCUAUCGGAAAACCCAUCAACCGUCACACAAUUCCAAAGCGUUUUAAUGUGGGUGAAAAAAACGAGCAUUUGUUUGCUCUUAUCUUCAACGAGGAAGACGGAGGAACCAGCAGUCUACAUAUGUAGCAGUAGCCCCGCCCCUCCAGGAAGUGAAAGUUAAGCUUGUGUGAGUGAGAACACAUCUGUUGUGUGCCAUCAGUCGGAUGUACGGAUGGGUUCCUUUCACAUUGGAGCCGCUACUGGACGGUCCCGUGUUGGGUCCACCAGCUUCAUGUUGAUAGUUCUUCUGGUUCUCCUGAGGGGCGUCUCCCCCCCUGUCAAGCUGCGUAGCAUGAUGUGGUACCGUUUGGAUUUUAUGUGAAUUGGUGCUGAGUGGUACCCACAAGAUUCAGGUGGUGUCUAUUAAAAUGCAGAAUUUGGUACGCACCCAUAGUCGUAUGUAAGUGUUGUGCAACUCUUGAUUGUGCUGUCCGAGCCUUCUGAGAAGCUCCUAGAUGAAACGUAUAGGCGCGGUGACAAUGAUAAUAAUGUACUGUAACUGUUUGAUAUAGUUUUUAUGCUAGUUGCCCUUCCAUUUGUAAAGUAGAAAUCUAAUCUUGGUGGGGGGGGGCGUUGGCCAGGAACCAAACACGCAUUAGGAGGAGCAACGUGUUCCACGACUCCAUCACGGCUCCAUGACUUCAUUAUUUGUUAGUACAUUUUGCAAAGUGCAAACGCAACGCAACUUUUACAUUUUCUAUUUGUGCUUGUGUAGGUUCACACUAUUAGUGUCCCGAUGUGAGUGGGACUGCUUGUUCACAAUACUUAGGAUUCCUUCAGGAGAUCAUGGUUAAGGAAAGCUCAUUGACUUCACUGAUGGAUCUUAGCAUUCAUUCUGGGAUGUUGGGAUGUUUACACUUUUUGCAACUUUUCGGAAUAUUUCAAUGUAUCCAAGUUGGUCUUCUAGUCGAGUUUAUUUAUGUAGCCCUUUGUCACAGAAGGGCCUCGAAGGGCUACACAAGGACAGCAAUGAACAACAACAACAAUAAUAAUAAUAAUACGGGCAUGCACUUGGGUCUCACCAAGAAACACAGCUUUCUGAUAGGACGUUUUCAUUGUUCCCAAUACUAAAAGUAUUUGUUCCAAUACCACAUUCGGGUACCCGAAUACCCUUAAUACGUAUGUAUAAAGUAAAUAGAGAUAACAUUAGUCCAGUUGGUAGAUGAAGUCAGUCUGCCGAUGUCCUUGGGAUGAUCGUCAGAGCCCCAAAAGCCCCAAAAAGAGAAGGCUCUAGAGCCCCCAUAUUUCUUUCUGGCUCUUGGGAUUGUCAAAAGACCGGCGUGUUGUGAGCGUAGGUUUCUAGACGGAGCAUAGGGUACACCUAGGUUGGGGUUUGGCAACCCGUGGCUCUGGAGCCCCAAGUGGCUCUUUGGCGCCGCCCUAGUGGCUCCCUGAAGCUUUUUGAAAAAUGUUUGAAAAUGGGAAAAAGGGGAGUGAAAUAUGUUUUUAGUUUUAAUAUGGUUUCUGUAAGAGGACAAACAUUCUUAACGUUUUCCUAUGCUGUAAAAACGUGUAGAGUAAAUAUUAAAGUUCAACAGUUCUGUCAAGGAAGAUUUGCGUCAUAGCCUGCGACACACGUUUCUAUCAAGCAGGGCGGGAUGCCAGGCAGGUGCCUGUUGUAAACAAACCGGUACCGGUGAUGGAUUCCAAAGGGAAAAAGAGAAAAAUAACUGAGGAGAACAGAGGAUUAAACGUUUCUUGGACCCAAUCAUUUGCAUUCAUCUUACAUGCCCGAUGUUCAGAAGCUGACCAGUCAUGUCCGAAAACAGAAGUCACAUUAAACGGGUCCAAAGGAGACCGAUGGGAUGAGGAGGACUUUGGAUGUAAACAAGGGUCACAUGACACACCCCUGGACAGAAGACACAGAAGGUGAAGUCCCCCGGGUCACCACCGCAUCCCCCAUCAACAGCCCGGACCACCGUCCUGUGCGUCAGGGCUUGGGGCUUCACGAGCACCUUCUCCUGAGGGACUUUCAGGGAGACCAGCGCUUUUUCAGGAGCGAUGGCUCUGUGGCGGCGCUUCCCACCAUGCCAGGCUCCGCCCCCAAUGCGGUGCGCCCGGUGACUCACGGCGUCCCCCACGAGGACGCUCCGGCCUUCUCAGACGUCGCCUCCACGGCCACCGCGGCCGCCACAUCACCACUUACCACCUUCUCCUCAACAACACCCCGGCCUCUCAUGCCUCUUCUGCAGGCGUCCUCGGGGGACGAGACCAGAGGAGGAGAUCAGCCAAUGCCAACCACUCACUCCCUGACCACGCAAGUGACCCCAAAUAACGACCCCAAAUUAACCUCGCAGACAGAUCAACCCCCACCUUGGAGUGCUGUUUCUGGUCCUGCAGUCUCCACAGUGAGGAAGGAGAAAGGCCAGGCAAGGGAAGCACCUCCAAGGGACACAGCCAAGACCCAUCAGCCCCUCCCAAACCUUCCGUCAUCAUCAUCCCGCACAGAGGGGGGCGCCACCAUGUCAACUUCUGUCAUCACGACCACGACGAUAACCACCAUGCAAGCAUCUGAGCCCUGCAGCCUAAAUUUCACUGACCCCGAGGGCAACGUCCACAUCCUGCAGCAGCCUGACACCGCAACGGACUGCAGCUACUUGAUCACCGUCUACCUGGGCUACGGCAUCGAGGUUCAGGUCCUGAAUGCCAGCAUGGUGGAGGGGGAGCAAGUCACAGUGGAGGACACGGGCGGCCGAGAAGCUUUCCUUCUGGCCAACGAGUCGGUCCUCAUACGCGGCCUUGUGCUGCGCAGUCGGAGCAACCAGAUCUCCAUCCGUUUUCGUAGCGAGCAGCGGCACGACUCUGGAGUCCUGCAGCUCCAUUACCAAGCCUUUGUGCUGAGCUGUUCAUUCCCCAAAGAGCCUGCCGGUGGAGAAGUUUCCGUGACUCACCUCUACGCUGGCGGAGAAGCCUACUUCAACUGCUUCACUGGCUACAGGUUGAAGGGUCCCAAAACGCUCACCUGCCGCAACGCCACCACGCCGUACUGGAGUGGGAAGGAGCCCCAGUGUGUGGCGUCCUGUGGGGGAAUGAUAAAAAAUGCCACCUAUGGCCGCAUUGUCUCGCCUGGAUUUCCUGGCAACUACAGCAACAACUUGACAUGCCACUGGGUCCUGGAGGCCCCUGAAGACCACCGGCUACAUAUUCACUUCGAGAAGGUGGCUCUGGCAGAGGAUGACGACAGGCUGUUGAUUAAAAAUGGCAACAAUAUCGACUCCCCCCCUGUGUACGACUCCUACGAGGUGGAGUAUCUGCCCAUCGAGGGGGUGCUGAGCACAGGCCGCCAUCUCUUUGUGGAGUUUACCACGGACGGGGCGCUCACCUCCACCGGCGCCGCCAUCAGAUACGAAGCUUUUGCAAAAGGAACGUGCUACGAGCCUUUUGUCAAGUACGGCAAUUUCAGCAGCAGUGACUCAACCUACGGUGUGGGUGCCGUGGUGGAGUUCUCGUGUGACCCCGGCUACACGAUGGAGCAAGGCUCGGUUGUCAUCGAAUGCGUGGACGCCGAAAACGCUCAGUGGAAUGAGACGGAGCCGGCCUGCAGGGCCGUUUGCAGCGGGGAGACGACAGACUCCGCCGGCGUGGUGUUGUCUCCCAACUGGCCCGAGGCCUACGACAAGGGCCAGGACUGCAUCUGGGGCGUCCACGUGGAGGAGGACAAGAGGAUCAUGCUGGACAUCCAAGUACUAAACCUGGGGAAAAAUGACCUCCUGACCUUCUACGACGGUGACGACCUGUCUGCCAACAUUCUGGGCCAAUACAGCGGCAAGCGACCUCACUUCAAGCUCUACACGUCCAUGGCCGAUGUCACGGUCCAGUUCCAGUCAGACCCCGCCACAAACAUCUACGGCUACAACAACGGCUUCGUGGUGCACUUCUUUGAAGUCCCAAGGAACGACACCUGCUCCGAGCUGCCAGAGAUCACCAACGGCUGGAAGAGCACAUCCCACCCGGACCUGAUCCACGGCACCGUGGUCACCUACCAGUGCUACCCUGGAUAUGAGUUGGUGGGCUCCGAGAUCCUCAUGUGCCAGUGGGAUCUUAGCUGGAGCGGGGACGUGCCCAAAUGUCAGCAAGUGAUGACAUGCCAGGACCCGGGAACUGUGGAGCACAGUCGGCGAGUGGUGACGGGCACCCGCUUUGCCGUGGGAUCGUCGGUGCAGUUUGUCUGUAACAAAGGCUACAUUCUGUCAGGCAGCAACAAUCUGCUAACCUGCUACAACAGAGACUCGGCCAAACCCAAGUGGAGCGAUCGGCUGCCCAAGUGUGUUCCUGAAAAGUACGAGCCAUGCAGGAAUCCCGGCGCUCCCCCCACCAGUGCACAGAGUUCUGAAAAGGCUUUCUACCAAGCCGGCGAGACCCUGACCUUCUCCUGCCUGCCAGGCUAUGAGCUCCAGGGCGGGGCCACCAUCUACUGCGUCCCCGGACAUCCGUCACAGUGGAACAACACGCCGCCUGCUUGUCGAGCCCCCUCCACUCAAUACGUCGACGAACGCAGGUUGGACGUUGUCAAUACAGAUUACAGCAUCCAGGGAACCAACAUCGCGCUCGCCGUCUUCAUUCCGGCCGCAGUCAUCUUGGUGCUUGUGAUGGGGAUUUAUGUCUGUGCCACAAAAUUCCAAGGGAAGGCUAUCAGAAUGCCGACAUCCUCGCCCCCCUACGACAACAUGGCGGAGGAGUCGGCCUUCGAUAACGCGGUUUAUGACAGAGGAAAGAGGGCACCCCCACCCCAUCUUCCCGUCACCUCCAUCAGCAGCAAAACAAUACAAGUCAACUUGCAUCACUCCCACUGCUGCAAACCUCCAGCAGGUUCAGUCAUCCUACCCGGAAUCAGCUAUGGCGGGGGUGUCCAAAGUGCCGCCCCGGGGACAUCUCAGGCCCCAGAAUAAUCUUGUAAUAUUAUGAAAAAAAUGUCAUUUUAGGAGCAUAUGUUGAUAUUAUUUUUCUAAACAUUCGUAACAUGACAAGAGGAAAUGUUCUAUCAUAAAUUCAAAUUAUGAUGUGAAUAGCAUCAUAAUAUUAGAAAACAUUUACAAAUAUUAUUUGAUGGGAAAAUUUUAAAUGUUAGAAAAAACAGCAAGAAUGUGGAAAUGAGCAAAGUUGAUAUGAAUAAAAGGUAGACAUUAAUGAUCUAAGAUAGGUAGAUAUUAAUAUUAAAAAAAUCACAAAGCUGAGAUGCACUUUUGUCUUGAAAUAUAAAACUGAAAUAUAUCAACUCGUUUCAUGUUUCACCAUGUGGCCCCCACUGGAUAAAUUUGGACACCCCCCCGUGUAUUCCAUUGCACGCAUCAUCUUGUCUCUUCCAUUGACCUUUUAUGUAUCAAUUCCUAUUUCUAGGUAUAUCAUUCCGUAUGUUCUUAAUAUGACCAUGUUGUUUCAAUGAAUGAAUGUAUGUAUUGAUAUUUCAUGAAUGCCUACUUUUUGCUAUUGAACGGGUGUUACUCAGCCUUUGUGCUACUUAAUGUUUCAUGUGUCAUUUUUAGUAGAGAUGCAACUAUGCAACUUUCUGCUUCUCAAGACCGAUACCGAUCAUUUUUUUGUCAGACGUAAGUGUAGUCAGUGCCCACCUGGAGGGAAGAAGGACUGGAAGAAAUGAGGAUGUAUUGAUGAGUCCUAAUGAAAUAUCCUGACAUGACGACUAUCAGGAGGACCAGAGUAUAGAGGGGGGGAGCCACCUGCAGUGGCCCAGUAAGGUGCACUGUAUUCGGGCGCACGAUCCGAGCAGCCGGCAUGACGCCAUGGAGGUCUCUGGCAAAGCUUUUCAAACGUUUGAGGUGGCUGGGAAGGUUUUUUGUGCUUCAUGUGGUUUUUUUUUCCCUCAUGGUGGAGCAUUUGGUACAAGGAGCACGUGGCAUGUCUUCCUCGGAAACUGAAUGUUUGCUGACAAGUGAGCUCAGGGAAGUUAUGAUAGGCCGUUAACGUCAUAGUCCCAUUGGUACAUUUUUUCAAAUUGUUUAUUUUGAAUAUUAUCGUAUUUAUCGGUAUGAGGAUAAUUCUCCUCCAGCCCUACUUUUUACCAUGAUAGCAGAAAGUGUUGUUGCCAUUAAUGGACAGUUGCAUUGAUGUCUGUGAAAUGUCAUAUGGCAAGCAUGGGGUGUGCUGUACGUAUGUGUACUAAGCGUGUGCUUUGGUGUUAAUAUGUCCCUCCUUGUCUCCCUCCAGCAGUGGCAGACACAUUGUAGAUACUAGGCCCCGACACUAUGUUCAUUUUGGCUCCGCUUCGUAACAACAAUGAGGUGAGAUCUUCGCCUGUUGCCGAGAGCACAUCUCACACACUGUCACCUGAGCCUGCAGACCGUCCUAAGACUUCCUCUUCCUGUCUGUGUUUCUGUGGCGUCAUGUCUCUCUUUACAAAGUUUACACAAACAUGAGCAAUCCUGCCCAUAGCAUACUGGGAAGUAGCCCGUGUUUAUAACAACUUCGAAUACAUGCACACUACCAAAUACAUGCAGUAUUAUACUGUACUGCAUAUAGAAUACCUGCUCUGUACCACAAUCAAUCACAGUCAUGUACAAUCUCUACAUGAACCAACUCAAUACACUGGAACUUUGGUUAGUGUACGUCCUGGUUAGCAUACGUUCGCAAAUGUACGCCAAUACUGUGAUUUUUUGUAUUUUUGAUAGCACCCUGUUAGCAUGUUUUUUCAGUGUGCGUUGAAAAUUCACACCAAAAUGUUGUCCUUUUCUUGUGUUACACGCCCACUUGUUUCAUGAGACGUGUAUUUGUAUGCUGCACGUACGUAUAUGACACCUUCUCCCAACCUGCAGAGAUCUUCACAAGGUUCUUGGGCUUCACACACUUUCAUCUUGUCAGCGUCGAUGAAAUGGAAAAGUCAAACUUGUAAUUGGACCUGGGAUACCAUUUGGUGGACUACUGGUAAUAGGACCAUGUUCACAUCACCGCUAAUACAUCAAGUACAGGAAUUUAGCAAAUCCAGUUACACUAAUGACCUUUGGUGUCCGCUGCCAUUACGGUGGUUAUUUUGCUUCAUUAUUUAGUUUCAAGCACGCACCAGCUGCAAAGCAAGACGCUGCGCUGUAGCUACGGCCCAAAGAGGUUCAUGAUAUGUUGAUAUCUCAAAAUGAUGCGGUGUCCAAUCAUCACAACUGUUAUCACUGACUGUAUAUUUGUGUGAGUGCAAGGUGCUUCUGGCCCUAACGUGUGCCGACUUUUUCAGUGUGGACUCCCUUGUGGGCUUCUUGGUCUGCAGGUUGGGAGACGGUGUCGUGUCCGCCGAUUGUCUGAUUUUAUGGCUGCCCUUUGACCGCCUGUUGUGUCUGGUCUUUGCAGGACAAAUGACAAAAGAUUAAGAGGUGUGAAUUUAGAGCCCUUGAAUUGCUCGAGCUUUGCCUUUGGGGACCUUCUUCUGCACUGCUCAUCUUUCCCUCCAAGUAUUCUGUAAAUACUUCACGGCUUUCCCAGGUCAACUCUGUCAAUUUGUGGAUCACCGUGGUGAUAUUUUUAUAAACUCAAUUGCUGACGACCCGAGGUGAUUACAUGAAGUUUCUGUAUUUUUGAUGCCCUAUCUCAAUCACUGCGAGACCUUGAGGGACGGGGCUUUGGUGAAACCCACCAGGUCCAAGUUCCCCACCCCGUCUUUCCACAUUCUUCAUUCAUUUGCCACCACGACUGCAUUUUCUUUGUGUGUAUGGAUCUGCUUUUUGUAAAUAAACUGCCUGUCCAAUACACGUGUCUCCUGACUGAUACUAACCUGACAAAUGAUAUAGUACUCAACUGAUACUCUUUACCUGCACAUCACAUCAUGCCACAGGAAGCACCGUAGUCCCCACUGUGCGGGAAACAUGCCAUCCUUACAUAUCUGCCACAAGAUGAGGAACACCCGUACAAGCCCAUGAAAUAUGUCACUUCACCUCCGUACCAGAGGGAGUCCAUGAUAUUCCCUCAAUCCAUCCACCAUCAUUCAAUUGUAUUUAAAGAAAACGGAAUUGUGUUCAUUCACUGGCUUCAAAUUUCAGAUUUCUGAGCCUCCGAGUCCAUCAAAAGUGGAAUUACCUUCAUGCCCAAUAUUACACCAAGGGUGUGUUUUUCUGACGCUCCUUCAUGUGAAAGCGUUUUAGGAAAGACAUUACCUUUGCCUGACCACACUACUGGAUUUACUAGACCACGUUAGACCUGCUCCAGCUUGGAAACCAUUGAACCUUUGAACGCAUUUCUGCGUUUUUCCAGCCUCUAGACCACAUCACACCAGACCUGGUCCAGUUGGAACCACGGUCUUACUAAAAUCCUUCCACAAUAGGAAGCGUCAGAAAAUCAAACAGCCAAUCAAAUGGCAGCACUGCACAACAAGUGGAUUCCACCUUCAAUUUCCCUUCAAGUGGCAAACGAGACGCCAACUUUGUGCCUUGUGUUACACAAAGGUAGCUUCAUCAUUCAUCCAUGCAGUACAUCCCAAUGUUGCUAUUCUUCAGGCUGUCCUAUCCUAUUUGCAUAUCAUUUGUGUACUCUCCUGUUUUCAAUAUAAACGCAGAUGCUUCCACAUCCAGCGGUGUGAUUUUCAUCCAAACAUCGACAUGAGAUAUCAUAUUAUACUCUCUGUUUCUCUGUACUUGAAGACACCUCUAUGAAAGGUUCUGUCACUUUAAACAAAUAAAGAUUUCAGCAUUGUCUGAUAUA